AUGCGAUUUGUCUGCCGACUGGCAACUGUAUCUGCCGUCACGGCUUCAAAGGGAGACCCGUUCUACAAGUGCGAGAGUCUCGUCGCCAAAGGUUUGUGGUUUAAGCGCGACCUUUUGUGUCUAACCAAUCCACUUUCAGACCCGGGUAACGGUCACGACCUGUCCGACGUCAGCUCGUGCCUCACCCCGUGUGACUCCGCCACGCAACUCUGCAUUUCUGGAGAAUGCCUCUGCAAACCGGGCUUCCGCUCCAACCAAAACACCACCGAAUCCCGGUGCCAGGACGUUGACGAGUGCUUUGAGAAAUCGCACAAAUGCGAUCGGGUGGCCAAGUGUCAGAACACGUUCGGAUCGCACGUAUGCACGUGUCCCGACGGUCAUGUCGGCGAUGGAACCACUUGUGUGCCACACGUCAAUCAGGGCAAACUUUCGGGUUGGUUAUCGAAAUCCUUGAUUGAUUUGACAUACAUCUGGCCCGCACAAGGGGGAUUGAAUGCUGAAAAGCAUCAAAUGAUGCAUGUCAAAUGAUUCUCUGUAAAAAAAAUCACUUUUCAGUGUACUGCGAAGCGGACGGAAUGACACUGGUGCUGGGCAACGAGACCGACGAUUUCGAGGGCAAGAUCUUCGUGAAGGGACAGGCCGAGAAUCCGCACUGCUCCAAAACGUUCAGCUCACUGCUCAACUCGCACAAACCCUACGUUUUUCAAGGUCGCCUUCCAGCACUGUGAUGUUCAACUUUUGGAAAAUGUGCGUUUUUCGCGUUCUGCUAUUGUUUUUGUUCAACAAUCGGCUUGUUUCAGCAUACGAUGGCGUCGACAGUCGUUGUUCAGAAGCACGCAAUGUUCUUGACGAACAAGGCCGAUUCCUACGACCUUCGUUGUCAGUAUCCGAUCGGAUCGCGUGCGGUCGAGUCGCACGUGAACGUGUCCGAACUCGCGACCACCUCGACUCUGACGGACAAAAACUCGACGCUCGCGCCGAUUUGUCGAUUGUCGGUCUCCAAUGACAAGCAGUUGUCGAUCAGUUCGGCGACCGUCGGAGACACCCUCAAAUUGGCGUUGGAAGUGACGCCAGCCGACAACUUUGGCAUUUUUGCCCCGAAAUUGUUUUUGCGGUCAACAUUGAGAGCGGCGAGCGGUACACUUUGACCGACGAAUCCGGAUGCGCCAUCGACGAAUCGUUGUUCCCGCAGUGGUCUGUCGCCACGUCGUCAAAGGUUCAGGCUGUGUUUAGGUACGUUCGGAACGAGUUUUUGACUCAAAAUGACCUCAUAACCGCUUUUUUUCUUUUUUUGCAGAACCUUCAAAUGGCCCGACUCGUCGAUGAUCCGCUUCCAGUGCGACUGUGCUCCGUGCGUCGGACAGUGCUCGACGCCGUCGUGCAUUUCGACGGCCAGAUUCAGAAGACAUCACACGCCGACGGUCGUGAUGAACGACGAGAUCCGGCAGGAACUCGUGCUGGUGAGUGGGGGGGCCUAGAACUUGAGGCCUGUGGACUAGCAUUCCAAAAGAUUCCUAGCUUCCGAGAAGUUGGACCUUGGUCUAGAAACUUAGGCCAUGGCCUAGAAUUCCAAGAAUUUUGUUCUAGGCCCAGGCGGCGGCCUAACAUCCCAAUUUCAACACAUUUCUCUUCCAGAUGACCGGCGUCGAAUCGCUUGCCGUCUCGUCGAUCAUCAACGUGCACGACUCGGCAGAAAUGACGUCUUCAGAAGACCCGGAAGACGUCGGCCUUCAGAUGACGUCAUCCGAGUCGAUUUGCGUCCGAAUGGCUCCGUUGCUCGUCGCGCUCGGCUCUUUCGUCGUCUGCUCGGCGGUGCUCCUCUAUUUGUGCUCGAAAAAACCGAAAACCGUGGAGACGAGCUCGGAAAUUGGAUUUUAA